AUGUCUGUGAGGGAUGAGCUGGGAGCAUCGGGUGGAUGUCAGUGCAGCACCGACAUGAUCCACGUUGCGGUUCAAAGUGUCAGUGAGAGCAGAGACUUCACGGUACCACGGGACUGCACCGUCAGACAGCUGAAGCAGGAUCUCUCAGAUCGUGCGGGGGCCUCAGCAGAGCAGCUCCUGCUGAUCCACUCAGGCCGAGUCCUCACAGAGUCUCAGAUCCUGAGUCACCUUAAAGGGAAGGGUGAUUCUGUCAGCCUCUGCAUGAUCCGAAGGCCUCAGUGUUCCUCUGCUGCCGCUGACCUGUCCUCGGAGACGAUCCACCAAGAGCUCACAGACGUUCUCGACCCUGAUCAUGACGACCUGACGCCAUCUCCCACCUCUCCCUUCUGCCUGGUCCUACUCUUUUGAUUUGACCUUGGUCCCACAGUGGACAAUCUUGGCCUGGCAACAGGCGAGUCUGGCUUCUUCCCUGCACUCCAGCACCAGAUGGAGAAGCAGCUGUUGGAUGACCCAGAGAUGAUGCGUCGUGUCCUGGGCAGCCCUUUGGUGCAGAGCAUACUCUCUACUUCCAGCCCUCAGAUAACCAGACAGCUCAUUCUGUCCAAUCCUCAAAUCCAGAAGCUCCUAGAGACAAAUCCAGAGGUUGGAGACAUGCUCAACAACACUGACAUCAUCACAGAGGUGCUGGAGCUCGUCCGAAACCCUGACAAGAUAGAGGAAGUGAUGUGUAAUGAAGACAGCACAACAGACGAGUUGAAACCAGAGCGAGACAACCCUGAACCCAUCAAUGGGGACUCUGAUGACUUCCAGAAGACUGAAGCAAAAACACAGGAACAUGAUCUCAAUCUAUCACAGACAGGAGAACCCCAAGUGGUGAAUAUUUCCUCUGGGAAACAACAGGCCCCCAAAGGAGAAAGAAACCAGAGUCCGCCGUUCUCCAGUCACUCCACAGAUCCUCUCAGAGAACUGACUGCCACACCCACAGCUGACCCAAACCCUCAGAGCACUGUCACUGCAGGCAUGCAGUCGCUGCUGGAGGAGAUCACGGCCAGUCCUGGUCUGAUGGAGAGUCUUCUCUCUGGGCCGUAUGUCAGCAGCCUUCUAAACUGCCUCGGCCAAAACCAGGAUCUGGCUGCACAGAUGCUGCUGAGCCACCCUUUGUUCUCAGGGAAUCCUAAACUGCAGCAGCAGAUGAGACAGCAGCUGCCUCUCUUCCUGCAACAGAUGCAGAGUCCGGAGCUGCUGUCGGCCAUGUUGAACCCCAGAGCCAUGGAGGCUCUGCUACAGAUCCAGCAGGGACUACAAACUCUGGCUGCAGAGGCUCCCGCCCUCAUACCUGUGGUUGGACUCGGAAACACUGGAGCCAGUGCUGAUGUUGCCCCUGAGCUCGAAUCCAACUCUUUCCUGAACAGCCACUCAGGAAAUUGUCCUCAGGUUGCCACGGUGACAGAGCAGCAGCAGCAGUUCGUGCAACAGAUGCUGCAGGCACUGGCUAAUAAUGGGGUCCAUGGUGAGGAGGCUGAGCUCCAAGAGGAGCUGGAGCACCUGAGCUCGAUGGGAUUCAGAGACAAGCAGGCAAACCUUCAGGCCCUCAUCAGCACAGGAGGAGACCUCAGCACGGCCAUACAACAUCUGCUCGGCCUCUGA